AUGGAAGCGGAAAAGGAGAGGAGCCGCAUCCGGGACAACCAGCGUAGAUCCAGGGCUCGAAAGAAGGAGUACGUCCUCGAGAUCGAGCAAAAGUUACGAGAUUGUCAAUCCCAAGGGGUGGAAGCUUCGGCUGAAGUGCAACAAGCUGCGCGUCGGGUUGCCAACGAAAACCACAAGCUCCGACAACUUCUCUGCACACUGGGCCUAGUCGACAGACAGAUCGAACAGUAUAUCAAGACAGGAGAACUGGACCCUUCCAUUCACAAUCUACCACUUGAUGUACGUGAAAGCAGGACUGCCGCAGCCGGCCAGGAAGCAGCCGCGUUGGAAAGCCUGCUUGUUCCACGGUGGCCAGCCUGCCUCCAAAACCCCAUGCCGUUCGUGUCAGGAAGUCGUUCGGGGAGUAGCGAUCGAACCCUUACCUAUGGCCCGGCAUCAAAUUCCUCGGCUGAAGACUAUGGUCCUUCGGCCGAAGACGUCCAGCAGUCGUACGGAUUGAUGAGCGCAUCGCCAAUAAACUUGAACCCUUCACCAAUCUAUCCACAGCCCGCACAUCCUCAAACCCACGAAUACGGCAGUCAUCAGCUGAGCCGAGAGAAUCUCCAAUAUGCAGAAUCCAACCACAGCCAGACAAGUCAUAACCCGUCGUUGAACCCGCCUGGGUAUAAUCCGAAUCAGACGUUCGAUUAUCAACCGAUUUUCGCGGCAGGAAAUCCAUUAAUAGGCCAUCCACCCCCAACCUGCUGCGGGCCGCCGGCCGCAACAUACGUUGUUUAUCAUCCCUCGCAUCAGCAGCCGAUAUCCUACGUUGCGAGUCGCCUUGGAAGCAGUGCCAGCAACACCUCCGGGCCCGCUUCGGUGGCUGAUGCCGAUUUGAGUGUCGAAGAACGAGCAUCACAGCAGACGGGCAACCCUGACGACAACUCUUGGCUACCAAAGACCCAUUUCAACCGAGCGUACUUUGAGCGCCGGAAUGGCUGA